AACACGUGUAAGACAGAGUGACGAGUCAACAUAUAUAUAUACGUGAUGGGUGUAAGUCAGGGCAACACGUGUAAGACAGAGUGACGAGUCAACAUAUAUAUAUAUAUAUUCGUGAUGGGUGAAAGUCAGAGAAAUACGUGUAGGACAGAGUGACGAGUAAACAUAUGUAUACGUUUAGUCGUUUACUUUUACGUAUAUAUGUUUACGUACAUACGUUUAUGUUACGUAAACAGAAAUACGUUUAGGACAGAGUGUCACAUGCACAUAUUCAACGGGUGCAUAUCAAAGGCUUAAGAGUCAAGUAAACACAUUUGAAAGGCAAGGUGAAAGGCACAGCAACGAGUGAAUACAUAAGGCGAACGUUACAGAGACAAAGAGAACUGAACACGCGUGUAAUGGAUACAUGUUACGGGGGCAAGGGAGCGCACGUCUAAUCUAAUGGAGGCAACAAAAGUCAGUUCCAGCGAAAAGCGAACACAAGAAGAACUCGUGUUCGUUGUGCACAGCAACAUGCAAACGCACGAGUGAUGGCCCCUCUGGACAACACAAUCAUCUGCUUCAAGCCUGACAGACAAGCACAAUGACGAGUGCAUUGCCUCCAGGUCACCUCUGGCGAGAUCGCACCCUCAACUGUAUGUCUGUACAAUGUAUGGCCAACAUGAGUCUGAAGCCAGUUCUCAAACUGAAGGUUGAUGAGUUGUUUCUGAGAUGGCUGAGCGAGGAGGACACUCAGCAGUUCCUGCAGGACAGCUUGAGGCAAAUGACCAUCGGUGGCGAUGGUGUCAGCGCCCCUUCAAGCCCGACUAGCAAGAAUGGGCGACCACUAUCACCGAGGCAGAGAGGUGGAUCUCCUCCUUACUCUCCGCCUCCUGGGCUAACAGCCAGCCCCCGCAGGCCUAGCAGCCCCCGCAAACACAGAGACACAUCGAAACCCACGUCUCCAGGUGAUGGCAGCUGCCGGGAGUUUCAAAGAUUCACCGAAGCCAGAACGAACGGCAGGGAUGCUGAGAAGGGCUUCACGGAGUUUCCCGCGCUUGUCGGCGAGAUGCGAGCAUCGAGGACAACGAAACUGACCGAAGCCAAGCCGUCGAGGAGGACUCCUGUAGCGACGACGACAAACACCAAGCAGCAGCCCUCCGUCGUUGCAGCCUCCGCCGCCGCCGCCGCUGCCGCCGCCGUGGACCCGGUCCCCAUUCCACGGUUCUACUUCCCGCAGGGACGCUCUUUGCUAGGCAACCAGAUUGAGGCGCAGUUGCAGCGAGUCGCGGCCGCGUUUGGCAAGUUCGGCGAAGGCAAGGUGACGCGCGAAGACUUCGGUGAUGUCGCCAAGGCUUGCGGGUGCCCGCUGUACUGGAAGGUGCCGCUCUACUUGGCCGCGGGAGGCGAGAAGCAUGGACACGUCACGGUGCAGACCUUCACGGCCUUCUGGAAGAAACUUAUCUCUUCCUGUCAUGAUGAUGCAAGCAAGUUUGUACUGUUGUUAGCGAAAACUGGAUCUAGCUGUUUAGUGCCAGAGGACUUUUUCCCUCUCAUACAGGAUGUUGUCGACACGCAUCCUGGCUUGUCGUUUCUUAGCGAAGCCAAAGAAUUCCACAGUAGAUAUGUACAUACGGUGAUAGCUAGGAUCUACUACUGCGUGAAUCGGUCAUGGACGGGCCGUAUCUCCGUGCCAGAACUGCGAAAAAGCAACUUUCUACAGGUGCUAGCCUUGCUCGAGGAAGAGAACGACAUCAAUCAGAUAACGGACUACUUCUCCUACGAGCACUUCUAUGUGGUCUACUGCAAGUUCUGGGAGCUGGACAAGGACCACGAUCUCUUCAUCAGCAAGUACGACCUGCGCAGGCACAACGACCAUGCUCUGUCUGCGCGGAUAGUUGAUCGAAUAUUCUCAGGAGCUGUCACCAGGGGGCAGGCACAGCAGGAGGGCAGGAUGAGCUACUCGGAAUUUGUUUGGUUUUUGAUCUCAGAGGAAGACAAGCGCAAUGCAAGAAGCAUCGAGUACUGGUUCCGCUGCAUGGACCUGGAUGGGGACGGCAUGCUGUCCAUGUAUGAGCUCGAGUACUUCUACGAAGAGCAGCUGCAACGCAUGGAGGCACUCGGCAUCGAGACGCUGCCUUUCGAGGACUGUCUCUGUCAGAUGUUGGACAUGGUGAAACCUAAAGGAAUAGGUGCGAUAACGCUCUCUGACCUGAAGCGCUGUCAGAUGACCCCCGUCUUCUUCGACACCUUCUUCAACCUGGAGAAAUACCUGGAUCACGAGCAGCGAGAUCCGUUCGCCUCAUCGCGGGACGAGGAGGGACCAGAGAUGUCUGACUGGGAGAAAUACGCAGCGGAGGAAUACGAACUGCUCGUCGCUGAAGAGGGCGCCACUGAGCCACAGGAUGACGUGGCGGUGAUGUAUGACGACGACUUUGAGCCGGACGACGAUGACGUCAUCUCGACGACGGACGUCAGCGGCGGCGGCAAGAGCAGCAAGAGCGACAACGUGCGGCCGCGCGUCGACGACGACGACGAGGGAGACUACGCCGAGGGCGAGGAGUACGACGUGAAGACGUGACACCCUCCUCCUCCUCCUCCUCCUCCUCCUCCUCCUUCACCUCUCCUCCUGCUACUCUCCCUCCUCCUCCUCCUCCUCCUCCUCGUUCGUCGCUGCUGCUACUGCUGCCGCCGCGUGAUGGGUUAGGACGGAUGCGUGCGGGGGUGUGGAUGCCGGACGAAGGGGAGAGGAGCACUGGAUGCUGUCGCGAGGCUGCCACCGCAUGCCGUCGACGUCCCAUCGGGAUUCUGCGCGACGCACAGCAUCCGACGGUCCGGCCGGUAGGUGGCGCUCGCGUGGGUGGCAGCAUCAUUGUGGCGUCAGGAGGGCCAUGACACGAGCAAUAUCACCAUAUCAGACAACAAGACGCAGCCGCGGGGUCACCGCGGGGUCACCGCGGGGUCGCUAGCGGGAAAAUCCUCAGUGGGCGCUUUGCGGCGCUCCUGGCGAAAAUCCUCGCGAAUCUCUCCGACGCGGCGGCUGUUGUAAAGCGAUCUCAGUGGCGCCACCUGGAGUGAGUUUCGUUACCGUGUGAGAUAUCUUGAGAGAGAGACGGAGGCCCCGGAUCAUUGUGACGAAUAGGAAAUUGGCCUCGGUUGAAAACCUGACAUCGGCUGUUCGAUCGCAGCGUGCGCGCGAGAGUAGACACACAUACGUGUAGGUAUGUAGGUAGCGACAGCCAGCCCGAAAAGCUUUACUGUAAAAAAAUAUUUAUGAGACGUGAUUAUAAGAGUGACAUUUGCUGUGAGAAGCAGGUAGAGCCUGAUGCUGAGAAUGAAACAAAUGUCGGCUGUAUCGGUGCGACGGAAUAAUCCAGAUCUGAUUAUGAUAUUCACGUGGUCGGUCGCAGCAGUGUACCCGCGGUCUCAUGGACGCACUGGGUGGUUAUUAGGGUUCGUGAGUAUGCUAGUCACUGCAUUGUCAGUCAGUCACCUGUGCAAGUUGUUUAGUCAGUCACAACGUCGCACAACCCCCGAACACUGUACCGAUAUUUUAUGACUAUUUAUGAAGCCCUCGCGGUGAGACAGAUCUUUAUUACUAAUAGACUUAGUAUCCGUGUGUUCAGACUGGUGCGCACGCACCGUACACACACUAUGUACACACACGCGUGAUGCGUGCGUGCUCUCAGUGCAUAAGCAUACAUAUCCAUAUACAUGUCUAUACACGCAUGCACACGCACGCACACACGCGCUUACACGCACACACACACACAUACACACACACUCACUAUCUUUCUCUUUCUCACACACACACACACAUAUACACACUCCCGCGCGAGGGGCAGAGAUCUUAACGAUAUCUUUAAUAUAUGAGGUUUGCUCAUGUAACCUGGUGCAAGAUCUAUUCUUCUACCUGUUAUCGACGGCCGUUUUCGUCUCGUUGUUGACUAAUAUUUAGAGGCUUACGGGUUCCUAGAGUGCUUGGACUCACGCGUGAUCGUGCACGCCUACACCCUGUAUGUCACAGCGUGUUGCUAGUGCAGUGAGAGUUGCACUGAGCUUGUGCAGAGAAUCGGCUUAUAGGGUGACUGCGUGCCAGUCCGCGCACGCAGGUGCAUGGGGCAUGCGACACUUCUGUUCUCACGUCUGUGACUUUGGGCGUGUGACGCACUCGCGACGCACCCACGUGCCGUCACGACGCGCCCCGUGAUGUCACGACGCGCCCCGUGAUGUCACGACGCGCCCCGUGAUGUCGGCAUGCAGUUGUUCGUAUUUGCUCGUGUCGAAUAUUUGUCGUGCUGCUGUGAAUCGAUGCAUAGUGCGCACAACGAAACAUGGGUGCUUCUUUUCUUUGGCUUGCUGGCUGUGUUUAGCAACCCCUUAUCUCCCCUCUCUGAUGUGUUAGUAUAGUCGCCUCGUGGCACUCGCCACUUCACCGUAGUGUGGGUCAUCAGACUCACUGCUCCAUCGAUGUGUCACGCUCGUUCGACCCGGGAAAGGAGGGCCUAAUGAAGUGAGACUGGGUAUUUGACUGAUGGGAAAAAGCGGAGCCUAUGUGUGAUAGGGUGAGGGGCCAGUUAGAGAAGGGAGAAAGGAACAGUUGUGAAAUUUAUCAGCUGUGAUGUUGAUCUGCCAAGAGUUGCGUGUGACUUUCAUUAUUUGAAAUGACAAAAGGAAUCUGUUCAACAAUUGCCGAUAAUGCCGUGGUUAGUAACCUUAAUUGAGCGCAAUUUUCUCUUGUCGCACCAGGAAAUUACUAUUUUACCUGCUUUACAGAUUGCUGCAUAGUCUCGCUAAUUGAUGCCAGAUUAUUUCAAAGCACGAGUCAACGGGUGAGAAGUUUUACGUAAUUAAAAUGCGUAGCUGCAUAUCAGUUGUUGCAGAGGCUAUUGCAGAGUAUGGGUUUCCCGCACAAGGUAUCUAACGUUAACGAGACACUAAUUUAACCGGCCAAGAGAUAUUAAUAAAAUGAAGGAGAUUUAUCAGUGUUUGCAAUGUCAGAUGCAUUUGUACGAAAAAAUUCGCUUAGUAUUAUUAGUGCACCAACCAUACUUGCCAUCAAGAGCGUAUAAAGAAGGUCUUCUUUAUCCUUCUUUAUACGCUCUUGAUGCCAUGCCGCAACAUGUGAGUUCCUGUGUGUUGUGUGAUUUGUUGUACGUUGCCAUGGAGAUUGUAUUGCCGUUUUAGUGAGGCGUGUUCCCUAUGCAUUUAUUUAUCAAAUGCAGUCAUUCUGUCGAGAUUGAAAGGCAUGAUGCAGUCAGCAGUAGUGUCAUCUGCUUGUGUUAAGACGUGUGUGUGUGUGUGUGUGUGUGUGUGUGUGUGUGUGCGUGCGUGCGUGUGUGCGUGUGCGUGCGUGCGUGCGUGCGUGUGUGUGUGUGUGUGCACGCGCGCGUGCGUGCGUGUGUGGCAACCAGUGGUUGGCAGCUUGCCAGCAUAGCUGAAUGGGCGAAAAGCAAUAGCGUUUUGUCUGUGCUGUGUUGUGCUGUAAUAGUAAAUACGUAUAAGUUUGAAGCUGCACUUACAAUUAAAGCAUUAACACUUGUCGUCGUCGCCGCUACUUUGCGUGCAUAUCGCGACAGUGUUCAGUCAUCGAUGCUUUCAGCCUGAUACUAGCGACCAUUUUUCAUUCCCUCCCUGCUUCUUGGCUUUGAGUGAACUCUCGCUACCUAUUUCCUUAGUCUAGCCUAGCUGUGACCAAUACUCGCGUCUUCUCCUGCAUCGGCUAUGUAGGGGUGACUACUCGUGCCCUACUCUGAAGCUCUCUUACUCUAAUAGGCCCAUGGUGUAGGAUUCAGUUCUCUAGGCCACGCGGUCGUACUAAUGUCCAACGGCCUAUGCUUACGUCUAGCUCUUACACCCACCCCUUAACCUUGUGGUGCCAAACACUGUUCACUACUUUAUACUUGUAGAAGUAUUCGCUUUGUCUCCGAUGUUGUGAGUCCCUCCGUCCAGCAGUGUGUCCCGCAGUUUGGAGUCGGAUUGUCGGAGCAGGCCGACUGUUGCCAGGCAACGGGCAACGCUCGCCCGGCAGCUGCAACAAUCUCCCCUCUGUUUAGCAUGAAAUUGUUUAAGCGCCGCGAACGAGACGAGGCGCAAUUUGACAGCUUUUACGGCGAGAUUUUUUAUAGAUUUUGUAUCUCCGUGCAUUUUAUUCCGUUAGUGACGUGUCCCGCGCAGCUCUAUUGAAUACGCCUGGUGUCGACUCAUUGCGCAUGCCAGACAUUGUGUAGGUGUGGUGGUGAUUGUUUUCACACACACGCACCUGAUAAUGUAUAUGCAGGGCAUUGUUCCAUUACCAAAUGUUUGGUAAUGUCAAGGCAUAGUCUUGAAACGUUAUUAUACAUGCUAAACUGUAUAAUAAAAGCAUGUUGUUGAUUUAUUUGACAAGCAUGGUGUUGCGCGAGCUUGGUCUUUAUGCAUUAGGCAUUUGUGGUACUGCGCAGGCAUGGUAGUUAAAGAGUUGUCAUGUUCAGCCGAUUUACCAAAGCGUAGAGAUGUGAAUUUUUAGUGUUUAUUUAUUGAAUAUGCAAUUAUAUAUUCUUAGCAGCACAACGAUAUUAUGAACGUUAACGCUUAUUUUGACGCUUUCUGUAAAUUUUAUGCAAUUUGCUAAACUUCAGACUGUGUUAUUUAUGUGAAUAAAAACCCCAUGUUAAAGCA